UUUACAAAUCUCUACCCUAGGUAUUAUAGCAAGACAAAGUAAAUUAUGGCUGAAGAUGCCUUCCCAACGGAUGGAGGAUUGCUGGCUACUACAGACUACCUGAGUCCGAAGCCGUACGGUAACCACAUGGAAGUAGUAAUAGGAGUGGCGUACAUCAUCCUCAUGAUAAUCGGAAUACCUUCCAACAUCGUGUCUGUUAUCCACUUCACCCAACAGAGUGCGAGGUCGAGGUCAACACGGGAGUACUUCAAAUGGGUUUACUCCAACAUUGCUGUGGUCGACCUUCUCAUCACUAUCUUCUGCUUCCCUGUCAUAGCGGUGUUCCUGGACAGCAAACGUGAUUCAAUCUUCUUCCACAACGACAUGUUCUGCAAGUUCUGGGGCUUCCUUUGGGAGGUGCUGCCGUACUACUCAGUGUUUCUAGUACUGGUGCUCAGUAUCUCCCGCAUGCUCAUUCUUGUUAAACCAAUGACAGUGCUCAGCAAGAGACUUCUCUUCUUUACUCUGGCCAUUUACAAUAUUUUACUGAUCUCAGCCAAGGUAACUUUCUACAUGGCAGACAUAACCCAGAUUGACUUCACCAAAAGAGACACUCUAUGUAUUCUAACGUACGUUGCUGACAAUGCUGGUAUUUACCCUGUGUACACGUUUUUCAACAUAAUCCUCCUAGCAGUACCCAUAAUCCCUAUCUGUAUAAGCUGUGUAUUAUCUAUUUCCCGCAUGUACAAGUCAUCCCAAGCAGUCCGCGGCACCAGGAAGUUGUCUAGCAACAUUUCUAGACGAGUGAGCGUCAAGAAGUCCCAGAUGCGGCAUCGGAGAGCCACUAUAACAGUUAUCAUUAUGACGGCAACCUACAUUGUGUGCAACAUUCCCGUUUUUCUCAACUAUGUCCUCUACGGUGUGUGGAGUGCUCUGACAUGGACCACUGCGCCUGACUACACAUCAUUUUAUAAUACCACAUUCAUGUUUUAUUACAGCUGGAACAGCUGUCUGGUGUUGAUGGUGCUGACAAAUGCAGUGCUAAACCCCAUAAUUUAUGUAACCAGGAUGAAGGAGUUUAGACUGUUUGUAGUUGGUAAGUUUCAUAGUAUGUUUCGGGAUAACGUUAGAGAUGUUACACAUUAUGAUCAAACUGAGUCCCUUUCUUAGGUUAAUUGUCUUUAAAUAGACAUUGCUAAGCACUGAUAUUCUCAUUUUUGAUUAUGAUUUCUAUUCAUGUAGACUUAUCACUACUCCUUACUUAUAACCGCCGAAAUACACUAUCAAAGGAUGAUUAUAUUGCGAACCUGAAUCCCAAAGCGAUUUGAAAAUGUGUAAUGAUAAUUAUGUUAGGUAGCAUACCAAUUACAGUUUGAUAACUGUAAGUGAUUCUUGAAGAUUUCCUGUGUGUAUAAAUUUGACCCAUAUAAAUUUAAAUAUCUUAAGGUUAUCAUUUCUAUAUAGCAUAACUUACAUAAUUCUGUGAUGCAUAAUGUAAUGUACUACAGUCCUCUUUAACAUCUUGACUAAGCUGUAGUCCAAGAAAAAUGUAGAUGAUGAUUUUAAAAUGUAAAUGAUAUACACAGUUGUAGUAUGAAGUCAGUAACCUUAAAUUAAUAUUACGAGCCUUAUUACCUUUUUGCUUUGAAUGUUAUUAUACUGUAGUUACAGACUUUCCCUAAUUUUACUUAAUUUUGCACUAUCCUGAAAUUUCUGCACAGGAAUUUGUAUCAUGUGUCAAGCAAUAAAAUCGUUUAACAAUGUUUAUUAUAUUUAUUGUUGUUGCUGUUAAAUUAUUGUUAACUGCAAUUCGUUAUGCUGUGAUCAUUAUGGUUAAAUGCAAAAUAACCUAAAUAAUUGUUGUAAUAAACGUUAGCCUAUUUAUUUUGAUAUUCAAAUUUAAAUGAACUGAACAUGAUACCUUACUAUCUUCAAGGUCAUGAAUGCAAUUAAUAUCAAAAUCAAAUGAGAAAUUUUGAUCAUACUAAUGAUACAAUGACUAUUAAAAUAUAAAAAAGAUAACCU